AUGAAGUGCCUGGGACUUUGGGGAGUGACCUUCACGAUAUUACUAAUAUGGAGCCCAACAGCAUACUGUCGGAAUGUCACGACGGAGGACAUUCGCGACGCGAUGCUGUCGCUGAUACACAUGUUCCGAGUGUCUGAGGACAAGCUCGAGCGCCACGAGUUCCGCGAGAGAACUUUCGGCGAUCAGCUCAAGAAGAUGGUCGCCGGCCUGGAGAAGAGGCACCGAGCGCUCGAGCCCAUAAAGGGCAUCGUGUCCAGGCUGGACGAGCGUCUGUCCAACGUCGAGACUAUACUUCUCCAGAAAGAGGAAAGAGAGAAAGCGCAGCGAAAGAAAACAGAAGAAACUCUCGAUGAAGUAAAGAAAUCUAUUCAAUCUCUAACGUCGACAGUAACCAAAAAUAUAAAAGCUAUCAGCGCGGCAGCGGAGGAAGAAAAUAAUUUAACGACUAACGAAGACCCAAUGAAUAGGCGGCUUGAUAACACAGAUUUGAAAUUAGACGCAAUACAAAAAGAAAUUGAGAUAUUGAAAACCAGUCUCAGCAAGGACUCGUUGCGAACCAUGUGCAUGGGCAUCGUGGCAGAAGCCAAUCCUUUCGAGCGCCACAUCUCCGAGGCAGAGAAGCUAUUGAACAAAUACGAGCUUAAGUUGAACGAAUACAAUGACACCGUGAACAGAGUGCCAACGGACUUCGUGCCCCUCAGCGAAGUCGCCCUAGCGGACGAAGCCUGGCAUAAUAAAAUGACUAGUGUUAUGGAGCGUCAAGAAGGAGAAAUAAAGAAGAUCCAACAACUUCUUUCGGACGCCGAAAGUACGUGGAAGGAGCUUCCUCGUCGAUCAGAAUCACUCCUCGCCUUGAACCUUACGCUAGAAGGCAUUGAAAGCAUCCGACACAAUAUGACCGAGCUCGAGGAUAGCUCGGUAACGAAAGUGAUGAACAAGCUGAGGGAAAUGAGCGAACGCUUGGUCACGACCAACGAAGAUAUUCAGAACAGCUUGACACAGAGCAACACUAUGAGCGAGCGCGCCUAUAACGACAUCUCGCGCAGCUACGGUACACUACUUACGGAGGUCCAAGCACUCGCCAAGAAUGAACCCGUUAUGCUGCAAACUGCCGACAACGUGAUCGCUAACAAGAAGCGCAUCGACCACGGCAUGCACCAGAUACUGCUCGAGAUGAGAGAAUUGGUCAAGGGACAAACGCAGCAUUUGAACAAAACUCUAAUCGACAGAAUCAACGAAACUCAGUCGUCAAUAGUCAGCAGUCAGAAUGGUUCAAUGAUGGCGUUAACGGGUAAAAUCGAGUCAGAGAUGACACAAGUUUGGCGGCAGAUUGGAGUCAUGUAUCAACAGCUUACUGCCAACAAGGAAUCUCUUGAUAAACUUACGGGCCAAACCGAGCAAUACGUUAAUGGCAGUGCAACCACUAUGGAAAGCAUGAAGGAAAAAGUGGGUGUUAUUACGGCACGCAUGGCGGAAGUUAAUGACAAUUUGAAUUACCUACUCGGAAGACUGUCACUGGUUACUCAGGAAUUCAGUCAAAUAAAGACUGGUCUCGGGGACGCACUAGACAAAGCUAAAUCUAAUCUACGUACUGUACAAGCGAAAUUGGAAAAUGGUGGUCCCGGUCCCCACAGUAUAGACGCCAGUUCAGUGGAA